GAUGAUUGAGGAAAAAGAAGAAGUAGGAUACAUGGAUGAUCCUUGUGAACAAAACAUAUUGCUUAAGGGAAUGAUUACAAGGGCUGGGAUAUUAUGUAAUUGUUGUAAUACAGAGGUAACAGUGCGGGGAUUUGAAGUUCAUGCUCAUAGUAAUCUGAAAAGACCUUAUGCGAACAUUUUCCUAUUGAGGAGAAAUGUUUCCCUCCUGAGAUGCCAACUUCAUGUCUUGGAUGGGAUCAGGAAAUCAAGGCAUUGUGGAUUUAACCUAAUUGAGCCUAGAGAGACUGAUGUAGACAAAUAUGAUGAUGCUUGUGUCAUCUGUGCAGAUGGAGGGGACUUGAUAUGUUGUGAUAAUUGUCCUUCCACAAUUCAUAUAGAUUGCACGAAUUUGAAGAGAAUUCCUCAAGAUGAUUGGCGGUGUCCUUAUUGUGUUUGCAAAUAUUGUGGCGAUGGUGGCUAUGCAAAUGAUGAAUUAUUCCAAUGCUUUCAAUGUCAGAAGAAAUAUCACUGGUCAUGUCAUCUUGAAGUCGAAGUAGAUAUUAAUCGCCCAUUGACUCCAGACAGGUCGCCUAACAUGAAAUCAUUUUGUCAGCUGAGCUGCAAGGAGAUUUUGGAGCACUUGGAUAGAGAACUGAGAGUUAAAAAUGAGCUAGGCGGAGGACUCUCUUGGACUCUUAUCCGCCAAACAGAUAUACAUUUAGCUACAAAGCCUACAAAUAUUGAUCAUUUUCAGCAGAUUGUGGAAUGUAACUGCAAGAUAGCAGUUGUGUGGGAUAUGAUGAAUGAGUCGUUUGAUCCAAUCAUAGAUCGCCACACAAACACGAAUGUGAUUCAUGGUGUCGUAUACAAUCGAGAAUCCAAUUUGACUCGCAUAAACUUUCAACGUUUUUAUACUGCUAUUCUUGAGAAAAAUGACGAAAUAAUCUCUGCAGCAUCUCUGAGAAUACAUGGGACAAAGAUUGCAGAGAUGCCCUUCGUUGCAACCAAUGAGAAGUAUAGGAAUCAAGGGAUGUGGCAAAAGCUUUUGCUAGCGAUUGAAUCUGUCCUUAACUUUCUUAAAGUCGAGAAAUUGAUCGUUCCAUCAAUUGAAGAUCUCGUUCCAAUGUGGACACAGAAAUAUGGUUUUUCAAAAGUCGAGGAUUCCGUGAUGAAUGAACUGAAGUGCUUCAACACAUUGAUGUUUACAAGGGCAGUCAGAUUACAGAAAUCCAUGCACAAACCUGCCGUAAAAUCAGAAGCUAUGGAAGUUGAUGGAGUUGGGAACAAUGGCAAUCAGAAUGGAGAGGAUGCAAAACAAAACCAGACAAAUCAUAUGGAGCAGAAUGCAACGGAGGUUAAUGAAGUCAAGAACAAUGACAAUAUGGCGUUGCAGGAUGGAACAAACAUGAGCCAGAACCAAACAAAGCUGCUACUUCCUGACUUAAAUGAUGAACCUCCUGAAGAAGAGCCACUAGUACCCAUGGAAUAAAGAGUAAUUAUUUAGUACUCCGGGAGUAUUGCGUUAUAAUAUUCUCUCCUCUCAUUUUAUGGUAGGUCUUGCUAUUUAAAUUUAUGAUAUGAUCCAUCAUUCAUAUGAUAAGAGAGAGUAUCACCUCGUUAUGCUUCAGGAAAGAGUAACUGAACUCAAUCAAGCAAACAUCCUCUUACCAUAGGGUUAACAUGCAAGUCUUUAUUAUCUAGUUUUGCUGACUGCAAGGAAAGUACUAAGGAUUUUUGAUGAUCAAGAUUUUAGGAUUUUUGAUGAUCCCUUGCGGAUCUUUCUAUGUUAUUGUAAUAUGACUGUAUUGGGCAUGUAUGCUUUAGGGAAACCAACCAAUGUGCAGACAAGUUGACAAAGAAGGGAGCCCUGCAAGAUCAAGAUUUUAGGAUUUUUGAUGAUCCCUUUGCGGGUCUUUCUAUGUUAUUGAAAUAUGACUCCAUUGGCAUGUGUUU